AAUAUUUUGGAAACUUGACACUGGUGUUUUCCAGAAACUGGAUAUAUAAAGGUAAAACGUUCUUCAAAUUGUGACCAAUUUCUUCCACAACCACAGCUGCAAGAUCAAAUGCCAUCAUAUCAAAGUCAAAUGAACAUUUCCCACACCAUGUUAAGUUUACUCGUUUUACCGCUGAUCGCUUUCUGCGCCACAACAGACAGCAAAUCAAGUGCAAGUUCAAGUCAAGACAAAGAAAUUCAACCGACUUGCGGUCAAAGUUGCUGUUGUGGCACACCAGGAAUCCCAGGUAUCCCAGGCAGCCCGGGUCCCGUGGGACCAGCAGGUGUUGCGGGAUCGCCCGGCCCGCAAGGACCCAUGGGACAACGUGGAGACCAAGGCUAUGAUGGCAAACCAGGAAGUCAAGGCCCUCCAGGCCCACAUGGACUUCCAGGGACGCUGUCAAGUAACUGGAAACAGUGUGUUUGGAAAAAUCUCGACGACGGAAAGGAUACUGGAUUGAUCAAGGAAUGUCUUUUCAACAAAGCGUCAGACCAAACAAGCCUGCGCGUCUUCUGGAGUGGCAAUCUUCGCAUCUUUAACUGCCAUGAAUGCUGCAGACGAUGGUAUUUUACCUUCAACGGAGCUGAGUGCUCAGGUCCUGAGGCGAUUGACGGUGUGGUCUAUAUGGUACACGGAAAUGGUGCCAAGAAAGAUUUACACCGCCCUCGCCAUAUCGAAGGAGUGUGUGAGAACAUCGCCAAGGGCAUUGUGCGCGUGGGAUUCUGGGUCGGUAACUGUGCUCGUUACGGAUCGGCUAACGCGUACACGGGUUGGAACUCAGUGUCCCGGAUUUAUGUGGAAGAAGUACCACCCCCACAGGCUUAAAUUCUGAAGAUACGAGGAUAAAAUUCCAAAACUCAAAUUCCAAAACGCUUUAUCUCCAAAACAAAGCAAUCUGCUGAAAACUGCACAAUUCAUAUGAUAAUAAUAACAACAAUAAUGAUAUUAAUACCAGAGAUUAUGAUCCUGAGAGAACAAAUCCUCAGUCGUGUUCAUGAUAAUCUUUUCCAAUUUAUUUUAAUCUUCGCGUUACGCUGGGAAAGUUAUAUUAGACUCGGUGAGGUUAUUGCGCAGCCAAUGCCCAACAGUCAUUCGGGUCGCAUCCAUGUAAAUCCGAAAUUAGAAAUCUAACCGGUUAACAGAGAAAUAAAAUCAUUUUGUUUUUUACCACA